AUGGUAACGGCAAUGUUAAUCAACAGGCCCCAGGGGCACUGGUUCUGGAAUGAUGAAACCAACGACCUUGAAUUUGUCAGCUUCUUGCCACAAAGUUCCGCUAAAGACAAGAUAUCCUGGAACAAGAUAAAGGGAUCCAUGGAGUUACGGAGCAUCUUAUACAACAGGUCGGCUGCCAGUGUUGCCCAGCGCAGCCUGGAGGUCCUGAGGAAUAUCAUGGGUAAAGCUCCAAGGAGCAGCUCGUUUAUGGGCACACGGCGCCCCUUGUUGAAACUGGCAUUUCGUCAGCGCCACGAGGUCACGUUCGAUGAUGUUAAAAGUGCAGCGAUGGUUUUGAUAGAGGAAAGUUUUUCAGUGAACAUACCAGAUGGCUUCUUGGCAAUUUUAGGGAACCGGUAUCUCAACGCCUUCCUCUACGCCUUCGUUCAGUACUUUGCCGCCUACUUUGAUAAAAUCGCGCUGCUGUCGAAGCCCAAGUCUUUUGUCUCGGAACCCACCAUCGCAGAGGUGAACGAGGUGACAGAAGUUCAACAAAGACAGCAAAUGGCACAGAAGCAGAUGGCAGAGAAUUACUCCAUGCUGUUGUUGGGCAUUGACAUAUGCCGACAGCACCAUCUGGGAUGUGGAAAGAAGAUGGAAUCCUCCAACGCUAGGGACAGAAAGCUGUUUGAGUGUCUGUACACACUCUGUGCCACGGUGGUGUGGGUGACCUUCAGGAGGAACAACUUGAAGCUGAUUGUGGAGGAGGUGGGGAGGCUGCUGCGCUCCGAGACUUUCAAUCUCCCCGCCCAAACCCGGUACCCCAUCAUCAGCUUUACCGAAGGACCUUUUAGAAGGAAGAGCAUUUCUCCCGGGGAGUUCAGGCAGCAGCACCCAAAGCGUCCUGCGAUAAAGAGCAUCAUCCACCAGCGCUCCCCCAUCCUCAUCUCACUGCUGCCCUCUCCAAAGGAGAGAUCCAGACACCUCUUCAAAGCCUCCCCAGAACAGGGAGAGCUGCUACAGCCUGACCCACAGACAUCCAUGGACAUCUUCCCAACCAGGGUGGGAAUUAUUGGGGAGCCCCUCAGUAACUUCACUGCCAUACGGCUUAUCCCUCUGGGACACGUGGACAUGAAGGAGACGGAGACAGAUGAAGAGGAUAGCCAUUCGAUAAAAAACAGCUCAUCGUCUUUCCAGGUCAAGGGUCAGAUUUCAAACCACAGCAACCAGCGGGACAGCUUGUCCUCCCAAAGCUUCCAGACCUCCAGGAUCACCCACGAGGAAGCGCCCUCUGACACCCAGUAGUAAACACGCUCCAUACAA